AUGGUCCCCGUGGUUGACAGUGGCUCUGUUGGCGUGGUUGACGGUGGUCCCGUUGGUGGCGUGGUUGACGGUGAGCCAUUUUGCGUGCUUGACGGGGGUCCCGUUGUAGGCGUGAUUGAGGGUGGUCCUGUUGGCGUGGUUGACGGUAGCCCUGUUUGCGUGGUUGACAGUGGUCCCGUUGUUGGCGUAGUUGACGGUGGCCCUGUUGGCGUGGUUGACGGUGGUCCCGUUGUUGGCGUGGUUGACGGUGGUCCCGUUGUUGGCGUGGUUGACGGUGGCCCUGUUGGCGUGGUUGACGGUGGUCCCGUUGUUAGCGCGGUUGACGGUGGCCCUGUUGGCUUGGUUGACGGUGGUCGCGUUGGUAGCGUGGUUGACGGUGGCCCUGCUGGCGUGGUUGACGGUGAUCCCGUUGUUGGCGUGGUUGACGGUGGUCCUGUUGGCGUGGUUGACGGUGGCCUUGUUUGCGUGGUUGACGGUGGUCCCGUUUUUGGCGUGGUUGACGGUGGCCCUGUUUGCAUGGUUGACGGUGGUCCCGUUGUUGGCGUGUUUGACGGUGGCCCUGUUGGCGUGUUUGACGGUGGUCCCGUUGUUGGCGUGGUUGACGGUGGCCCUGUUUGCGUGGUUGACGGUGGUCCCGUUGUUGGCGUGGUUGACGGUGGC